AUGCAGUUCAUCAAUGCGCUGCUCAGAGACGUUGAUCAUUUGGAGACACGUAUCUGUUUAAGAUGCGAAUUCACUAACCAUGGCUUAGACGUACUCUUGACGGAUCUAAAGCAGUUUGUGGACAACGUUCCCCUGAAGACCCAAAUAGCGUACUAUUUGGACAGCACAGACCAGGACAGUAUUGACUUGGGCUACCGAUUCGAUCGGCCGGCCGUCAAUCUAGGCAACCCCAAUGAGAUGUUUGAGGUUUUGUUUGAAG